UUCCGAACAGAUCACCCCAAUGGACAGUGGACUUUAUCAGAGCAGCAUAGAAUUGGGAGACGAAUCUUUUUAACUCAUUCUAUGCUUGGGUGAGAUAGGAUGGGCAAAAAACGAUGCGAUGGGACAUGCCCACCAUGAAAAGAAUAUUAACGAGUCACAGGAGUUGUGAAUUUCCCUGGAAAAACAUAUGGAAAGUGAAAGUUCCUUUCAAGGUUGCUUUUUUCUGUUGGGUGGUAUCCUUGGGCAAAGUGUUGACAACUGAAAAUCUUAGAAGGAGAGGUAUGUACAUUGCUAAUUGCUGUGUCAUGUGCAAGAAGGAUGGGGAAUCUGUUAAUCACCUCUCUCUUCAUUGUGAGGCCAUUUACUUGUGGAAGGAGGUUUUGAAUCGGACUGGUUUCCUUUGGGUAAUGCCCAAGGAAGUGGUGGAUUUAUUGGUAGGGUGGAAGGGAUUGAAGGGUAGCAAGAAUGCUGUUCAUGUUUGGAAGAUAAUUCCUUCUUGUCUCAUGUGUUGCCUAUGGCUUGAAAGGAAUGGAAGAUGCUUCUAAGACAAAGAACAUUCAUUGGAAGAACUCAGGGAUUUUUUCUUCAGUACUUUUGAGUUUGUGGGCUAAAAUUUUUGUAAUGGAAGAUAAUUUCCAGAAUCUGUUUUAGUUUUCACUUCGUUUUUAGAAAGUAGUAGGUAUUUCCUUUGUAUACG